GGGCGGGGCCUCGCGAUCCCGCGCAAAUUGAAAGGUCCCCGGCUGCGAUCGCGGCAGCCGCGGCUUGCUAGUGUUCUGCACCCCGGUGAGUGAUCCCUUCGGCGGGCGGCCUCCUGUGUGGAGGAAAGUGAGGUCCCCGCAGCUCCAUCCCGGCGUCCUCUCUCUCCUCGGCACGAGAUCCGGGUCUCCGGGCAGAGAAGGCAAGCGUGGAGCGUGCCUCAGGCGCUGGUUUGAGGAACCGCAGCGCCUGGAAUGGCUUUGCGGACCAUGCCUGUUCAUUCCUGGGAGACAGGACUUCGGUGAAGCCGCGGCUGCUGUCAGCUCGGGUGCCACGGGCGAUCUCCUGGGGUUCGUGUGCUAUAUGGCGCUCCGUCGUUCCUGUGCUAACGAGGAAAUAUUUACUCGAGAUAUACUUAGCCUAGAAGAAACCGAAAUUUCAUGAAAUUUAACUUGACACCAUGGGGAUUCAGGGACUGCUUCAGUUCAUCAAGGAAGCUUCGGAGCCCGUCAAUGUGAAGAAGUACAAAGGGCAGGCAGUAGCUGUGGAUACCUACUGUUGGCUCCACAAAGGAGCUAUUGCUUGUGCUGAAAAGCUAGCCAAAGGGGAACCUACAGAUAGGUAUGUAGGAUUUUGUAUGAAGUUUGUUAAUAUGCUGCUGUCCCAUGGGGUCAAGCCCAUUCUUGUCUUUGAUGGAUGUACCUUACCUUCUAAAAAGGAAGUGGAGAGAUCUCGGCGAGAGAGACGACAAAGCAACCUUCUUAGAGGAAAGCAGCUCCUUCGAGAGGGCAAGGUGUCAGAAGCCCGAGACUGCUUCACCCGCUCUGUCAACAUCACACACGCCAUGGCCCACAAAGUAAUAAAAGCUGCUCGGGCCCUGGGAGUGGACUGCCUGGUGGCUCCCUAUGAAGCUGAUGCUCAGCUGGCCUAUCUUAACAAAGCAGGAAUUGUGCAGGCCGUCAUCACAGAGGACUCGGACCUCCUCGCGUUUGGCUGUAAGAAGGUGGUUUUGAAAAUGGACCAGUUUGGAAAUGGACUGGAAGUGGACCAGGCCCGCCUGGGCUUGUGCAAGCAGCUUGGGGACGUGUUCACGGAGGAGAAGUUCCGGUACAUGUGUAUCCUGUCAGGCUGCGACUACCUCUCCUCCCUGCGUGGGAUCGGCUUAGCAAAGGCCUGCAAAGUGCUGAGGCUGGCCAAUAACCCGGAUAUCGUCAAGGUUAUCAAGAAAAUUGGGCAUUACCUCAAGAUGAAUAUAACGGUGCCGGAGGAUUACAUCACAGGAUUUAUCCGAGCCAACAAUACUUUCCUCUACCAGCUGGUGUUCGACCCCAUCCAAAGGAAGCUGGUUCCUCUGAAUGCUUAUGGAGAUGACGUUAACCCAGACACCCUGAGUUAUGCUGGGCAGUAUGUCGACGAUUCUGUGGCUCUGCAGAUAGCACUUGGAAACAGAGAUGUAAAUACUUUGGAGCAGAUUGACAACUACAGUCCCGACACUAUGCCUGUCCACUCAAGAAGUCAUAGCUGGAAUGACCAAGUGUGUCAGAAGUCACCUAAUAGCAUUUGGCACAGAGACUAUUGCCCUAGACGUGAGGCGAAUGGUGUUUCCCAUGCUCCUCGGUUGACAGAAAAUUCAAGUCCUGUGGGCCUUAAACAAGUAAUUACCACUAAAGGGUUAAAUCUUCCCAGGAAGUCUUCCAUGGUAAAGAGACCAAGAAAUGCAGAGGGCCUCAGAACACCGGACUGUCCAGGCACAGAGGGCCUUGGAGCAUCAGACAGUCCAGGCACAGAGGUUCAGAAGCUGGUUGACAUAAAUGGGGCUCAGGAUCCAAGUGCUCAGAUCUCAGGCAAUGCGACUGUGUCUUCUGAUGAUGAGGCUCAGUCCGAAACCAACAAAUUUAUGGGGACUGUUUCCCCGCCUACUCUGGGGACACUAAGAAGUUGUUUCAGUUGGUCAGGAACUCUGAGAGAUUUUUCAAGAACUCCUAGUCCCUCUCCAAGCACUGUGUUGCAGCAGUUCCGAAGAAGGAGCGAGUCCUCCACCUGGGUUCCCAAGACUUGUGCCGUGACUGAUACGUGUCAGUCAAAGAGUGAGAUGUCAAGUACUAAGUCUCCGCCCUUGCUUGAGGUGGGCGGGGCCUCCCGAUCUCAGGAAAGCAUAGACUCUCUGUACAGUUUAAAUGCUUCGAGUCUUUCCCAGCCUUCCAGUAAGGAUUCGGAUUCAGAGGAAUCGGACUGUCACAAUCCGUCACUGGAUAACCAAGGCAAUGAGAACUCCAAGCAACAGUCGCCUCCCUUUUCAAGGAAAGACACACUUGUAAGGAACAAGGUUCCUGGGCUGUGUAGGGCUAGUUCUACAGACUGUCUUUCUACCACCAAGAUCAAGCCCCUGGUGCCGGCUCGAGUCAGUGGCCUGAGCAAGAAGCCAGGAAACAUCCAGAAGAGAAAACACCGUGAUGCCGAGAACAAGCCGGGGCUGCAGAUAAAGAUCAGCGAGCUCUGGAAAAACUUCGGGUUUAAAAAAGAUUCUGAAAAGCUUUCUUCUUGUAAGAAGCCCCUGUCUCCAGUCAAGGAUAACAUCCAACUCACUCCAGAGACAGAAGAUGAGCUCUUCAACAAACCUGAGUGUGCGCAUGCUCAGAGAGCAAUAUUCCACUGAGGGCCGCUGCCUACAGGAAAACCUCCCCAAUUCUAUAGAUUUAUUGCUAUCAAUGCCAUUUUUAAAAUGGAAUACAUUUUGUAUAUUAACUUAGUGACUUUCUUUUGCUUAGCUUUUUAUAUUUUCAUGGAAAGCUAAAUAGAAGAAUAAAUCUGUCUUUGACAUUUCUGGAA